AAUAAACUGUCAAUAUUAUACCUGAUUUAUAUGUGCAUAAUUUGUGUCAGUCGGAUUAAACACCUUGGCCUAUACGCACGACUUUUAUUUCGGACACCACAUUGGCGACGAGGAUAAAAAUCAGUGCGGUUUUGUAUUGUGCGGAGUGCAUAAUACGGACUCGAGUGUUUCGACGCAGUGUAAACGUUGUUGUAAACAAUGUUUAUGGCAAGUACGCUUUCGGUUAACGCGCGAAGCGGCGCGGUCGGCCAUUGUUGCGGAGCGGCAACAGCGCACGGCGGAGCGGCCAGUGCGGCGAUGUGGCGCGGCGGGGCAGCCGUUGCGAGGUGUGGGCGCAGCGGUGCCGCCGGCGCAACAAGGUGGCGCGGCGGAGCAGCCGGAGCAUGGACUUGGGGCAGCCGGAGCAGCGGGGCUGCUGGCGUGGCAAGAUGGCGCAGCGAAGCAGUCGGCGCGGGAAGCUGGCGUAGGCCAUCGACCGAUGCGGUGUGGGAGCACGGUGGAGGUUGCGGUGGAGCAACUGGUGCCGCAAGCUGGCGCGGCGGAGCGGCCGGAGACAGCGGGCGACGGUACCUGGUAUCGAGUAUAGACGGCGUAGCGACGAGACCUCGAGAGGCGGUAUGUCGGUUACGUAAUUAUGCGUGCAGCAUGUGUAAGCAGACAGGGCAUCUGCGGCGCGCGUGUCCCAAGCGCAGCGACCAGGGGCGCGGUGAGCGUCACGGCGCUGACCACGUCGAACUCAGCUUCGACGGAGCGGGGGAUGGCAGGAAGGUAGCUGCAGUUCACCACCUCCGCUUUAACCAGUACAAGCCGGUAUAAGGAGUUAUUCAGUGGCGGCCUCGGCCGUUAUACGGGAGGCAAGGCGACG